AUGUCGAUGAAGCCUGCUGUGUUGGUUACUGGCUCCUCUGGACAUCUGGGCAAGGCCCUGAUGUUAUCUCUCCCCGAGCUGGGCUAUAACCCGAUCGGUAUCGAUAUCAACUCCAGCAACACAACUACUCAUAUAGGCUCCAUCACGGACCCCAGCUUCCUCUCCAACGUUUUCUCAUCUUACAAUAUCGCCCACGUCAUACACGCGGCUACUCUGCACAAGCCCCAUAUCUGCUCUCACUCCAAAGCCGAGUUCGUCCAGACCAACAUCGCUGGCACACUAGCUUUGCUGGAGGUAGCUUCAUCCUCUCCCAAUCCCUCUUCCCCUGUUAAGUCCUUCAUUUAUAUCUCCACAACCUCGGCUUUCGGUACAUCUCUCAGCCCUCCCGAAGGUAGUCCCGCGGCCUGGAUCAACGACGACACCCCAACCACGUCCCACAAAAACAUCUACGGCCUGACUAAGUCUACCGCAGAGGACCUAUGCCAGCUCAUUGCCAAGGAGAAGGGCCUACCGACCGUUGUGCUGCGCACCAGUCGGUUCUUCCCCGAAGAAGAUGAUGACGAGGCUCGCAGGGCUGAGGUACCGGAUGAAGAGAACCUGAAGGUGCUGGAGCUGGCGUACAGGCGGGUUGAUGUGGCGGAUGUAGUGAGCGCGUGUGUUUGCGCGAUGGAGAGGUGUGCUGAGGGCACGAUCAGGUGGGGAAAGUUUAUCGUAAGCGCACCGACGCCGUUUGGGAGGGAGGACUUGGAUGCUCUCAGUAAGGAUGCGGAGGGGGUGCUCAGGGGGUUGAGGGUUGGGGUGGGGGUUAAGGUUGGGGAGGUGUUUGAUUUGAAAAGGUGGAAGUUUUUGAGAAGGAUCGAUAGGGUGUAUGAUUCAUCUAGGGCUAUAAGGGAGUUGGGAUGGAGGCCGGAGUACACGUUUGAGAGGGCGGUUGAGAAAGUUGCUAAAGGAGAGGAGUGGAAGAGCGAGUUAACGAGGAGAAUUGGCCGAUUGGGCUAUCAUGCUGUGUCGGUUGGCGUUUACACAAAGAGGGACGACAAGGAGGGGGGCAGCGGGCAGCAUGGCGCCCCUCUGGCUUGA